ACGCACGUACGCUGGCACAAGCAAACUUCACUGACCAUCACCGUCCCUUGGAUUUUGUGUCUCGCCUCUGGGAGGGGUUCGUCUGACAUCGUAGUAUCAAUCUCAAAGACUAGCCACCUUCAUGCGAAGUUCGUUGCACUUUAUCUCCCUCUUUCUGCGGUGAAUACAACCACAUCCUGAUUUGUGCAUCAGGGUGUACCAGUCGCCAACAUGAAGGCGUACAUACACAUCAGCCUCCUGCUCUUCACUUUCGUCAGCUUCUUGUCCGCCAGCAGCUUAAAGCCGACCAGCGCCCAGUUGCCAACAUCUACGGAGACUACCUCAGCACCACAUCAGGGAACAACAUGACUUCUGUAAAACUCAGCACGGAAAGCACUGUUAAAGACAACCGCACAAACAACUCGACCAUUGUGGUCGACCAGGAACAGCUGAUCAAUGAAACCCUUCAAGAGCUGCUCUCCGCUCCUCUGUUUCUCCCCGACAACAGGACGAAGGCUUUACCCGAUGAAAAACAGGGGAAGCACCUAAACAGCGACGACGGAAAGGUAACAAACAACACAGCUAAAGAGUCACUGAAUGCCACCACGGACGGCUCCAACAUAGAUGUAGGUAACCUUACGACAACCGCGCGAAUCGAAGUUUUUAAGCAGACCGGAAGCGGAGAAAGUUCGGGGCAAAGCCUGCCGACACCAUCGAUACAGCCAGCAACGAAACUCGAAUGUUUAAUGACGGAUUUAGCAAUAAAAUGUCCAGUUCUGAGGGCAAGACAAACGGCAGUCCAAGAACGGUAGAAAAAUCUAAUCCAGACGGCAACAGAUUCCUCCGACAAAAAUAAUGUCCCCCUCUUUACGACGAUGUCACCUAGCAAAGUGCAAAACAACAACCAAACUUACUCCACGACGGAGAGUGGCUCACCGUUCGGAACAAUACGAAGACAUCAACGGUAGAGGGAGGAAAAGUGAAGAGCACGACCUUCUCCGGCAACAUCUUGUCCGAGGGCGACAACCUGCCUCCGCCAAUGGUGCGCGCUCGGACCUUUUCCGAUUUCGGUAGUGCUGCUGCGUCUGGUGGUAGCAGUAAACAGGACAACAGCGUGGAGUCAUCUCUGCCAGACGACACCACUGAUGGACAUCUGACUUCCCAUGAACAUGGUGAGCCCAGCAAGAAGAUCUUCUGCUACUUCAGUAGCUCGGCGAGCGGUCGUCCGGCAAUAGGAAAGUUCUGGCCCGAGCACAUCGACCCUUUCCUCUGCACGCACGUCAUUUUCGCUUUCGUCGACAUCUCCAAGGACGGGAAAGGUCUGCUGCCCAACAACUGGAACGAUCUUGGAGAGUAUGGUCUCUACUCCCGGACAACGAAGCUGAAGCUCAAGAACCCCAAACUGAAGGUGCUGCUGGCGGUGGGCGGCUGGAAGAUUGGCUCCAAACCCUUCAUCCCACUCAUCGAAAGCGACGACUACUCCGACUGGACCGACAGCGUCAUUGACUACCUCCGCACAUACAACUUUGAUGGCCUGGACAUGGACUGGGAGUUUCCAGGGUCCCGUGGGAGCAAACCGGAGGAUAAACAUCGUUUUACAAAGCUCAUGCAGACCUUACACGAAGCAUUCGCAGCCGAAGCUCACUACAGUAACAAGGAUCGCCUGCUGCUGACACUGGCCACAGCCUCCAGCGAGUUCUACGUGGACAAGGCUUACGAGGCGGAGGAAAUCCACAAACAUAUAGACUACAUGCUGCUCAUGACCUACAACUACCAUGGGUCUGGCUGGGAGCAGAACACUGGCCACCACUCACCCAUCCUCCCCCACCGGAAGGACCUGCCUGGGGAACAGCGGGAAUUAAAUAUAAUGUGGUCGCUGAACUACUGGCUGGAGAAAGGCUUGCCCAAGUCGAAGCUGUCGUUGGGAUUGCCCACCUACGGCCUGGGCUUCAAACUGAGCGACCCCAAGGACCACUACAUUGGAGCUUCCGCUGAGGGCGGUAACGCACCCGGAAAAUACACUGGAGAAUCUGGGAUUCUCUCCCUGUACGAGAUCUGUGAGAAAGUUCUUCAUAACGGCUGGAAGAUCGAGUGGAUUGAGGACCAACACGUGCCCUACGCCCAUGGGGAGGGGGAGUGGGUGGGCUUUGACUCCCCCGACAGCAUCGCUCUGAAGGCCAAGAUGAUCAUGAAGCUGGACCUUGCCGGAGCUUUCGUCUGGUCCGUGGAGAUGGACGAUUUUAGCGGCCACUGUGGGGGACCCAAAUUCCCUCUCCUGCGCAGCGUCUAUGAUGUGUUCACAGGUUCAUCCAGUUCUUCAUCCAGUUCUUCCAUCUCCUCUGGUUCCUCCAGCAGCAGCAGCAGCAGCAGCAGCAGCAGCAGCAGCAGCAGCAGCAGCAGCAGAGGAAGCAGCAGUGGCCAUAGUGGUUCCGGCAGCGGUAUCUCCCGCCGUUCCAGCUCGGGCAACAGUCCCGAUGAGUCUUCUGGUUCCGGCAACGAGGCAAAGACAAAGACAACGACACUGAAAAGGACAAGUCAGGCUGGACUGCUGACAGCAGUUCAAACGGAGGAAGUUCUGGGCAUAGCGGCUCUGAGUCUGGUUCAGGCUCCAGUAUGGAGAAUUCUGCUUCGAGCAAGAGCAGUUCCGGUUCUGGCAAACACAGUUCUGGCUCUGGAGAGAACGGUUCAGGUUCUUCUUCUGGUUCAGGCAAAAGUAGCUCUGGCUCGGGAGGGAGCAAAUCUGCUUCUGGUUCUAGUAAGGGCAGUUCUGGUUCUAGCAAGGGCAGUUCUGGUUCUAGUAAGGACUACUCCAGUUCUGACGAAAGUGACUCUGAUCACAGUUCUGAAUCCGACUCAAAUCAAAGACACCGAUCACGGCACCUCUGGUUCAGGUGGGGAAAGUUCUGGCUCCUCUGGCCACAGUCUCUUCAUGGGAAUCUAGUCACGACUCUAAAAGCUCUGUAGACGAAAGCUCUUCCUGGCAUUCCAGCCAUUCUUCUGGCGAGGGCAAGUCUUCUGGCUCUGCCUCCAGCGGUCACGGAUCUUCCUCCUCAGGCUCGAGCAAAAGUGAAUCCAGCCACAAAAGCAACUCGGAAAGUUCCGCCUCUGGGUCUUCGUCAGAGGACGAAGCCUCCUCGGGGUCUGAAGGAAGCGAAUCGAAAUCAGACGAAGGUGGGUCUUCCGGGUCAUCAGGUCAUGCAAGCUCCUCUGGAAGCGAGUCAUGGCAACACAUGCUGCAAAACGAGCAACCGGAAGAAGGAAGUCUGGACUGCGAGAAGUACGGCCUUGGUAUCUUUGGAGACGAAGAAUCCUGCGUCCACUUCACCCUUUGCGUGCCAGCCCACCCCCAUGGUCUGAGAGCUCUACGGAUGAAGUGUCCCAAGAGCACCAAAUUCGACUGGGACCUAAAAAUCUGCAACUUUGCACACAAAGUCGACUGCUGAUAAACAAACCCCUGUCGCAACUCCUAGCCUCAUUUAUCUUCCUGAUCUGGUAUGAGUGGGAUUCGAGUUUCAUUGGACAUUGAGAGACUGCGAGAGUAGAGUAAUGACUGGAGAAAGGUGGACGCCUGAAUAUGUUUGCGUGAAGUGUCGCUGCUGUUUAAAAAAAACAAAACAAAAAAACAAAACAAGAAGCACCCAGAGACCACGGUGUUCUUUUCUUCCACUCUCGUGUUGCACAACAGAACAGGGAAUCAAGAGAUACAACUCCAUGCGUUCUCUUGGAAGCGAAACUUUUCGUGGUGCUGGAGAAGGAGGAGGUUCAUUCAGAGUGUAAGUAGGUGGACUAGCUGUGUAGGCAGGUCUUCAUCGGGUCUGACUUUGUCUUCGCUGCUGUUUUAUUUUCAAAAAUAAAAACUUUGUUCCGAACACUCGCCUGUAAACAAACAUCUGUCCACUUUUUUCCCUAGCCGGUGGACUGCCGUCAACAGUUUCAACGCUUUCAUUUGUUCUUCAAAUGGAAUUGUUUAGUAUGCUAAGGUAUCGCAAGAGGAGACGAUCGGUAAAAUGUUAUGACGAAUAAAGGAAACGAUAGUUUAAUGCGGUGUUAGAUAAAAAUCAGGAACAAAUUUUAAUGCAUAUUCAAGAACUCUUCCCAGACCUCAAGGGUUUUUUUUAAAAAAUAUUUAGGGGAGAGGGGAUGACUUUUUUAAGCCUGAAUAUAGCUGUUUAAAUUUUGCUUCAAAAGGAAUCGGAUAUAAAUAGCUUUUACAUAUAUUUCACGUGUAUUUUAGGGGAAAUCAGAUCUUUAAGCUUUAUGUCAAUCAGUAAAAUGUGGCUAUUUUUCUUCUUUUGUUCACAUAUCUUACACUCUGCGUACGACAGCAUGCAUAAAACUGUCUUUAGAUUGUGGAAUGACUUUCGUACUUCUUUUGUCGGCAUUCAACUUAUUUCUGUUCGUUGAUUGACCGUGCUUUUGUACAUUACCAUAUCUAAACUUGGAAAUGUUGAAGGCAUGAGAUUAUCAUUUUCAGAAAUAAAGGAUAUUAUUAUUA